UGUUUUCCUCCUUUAACGUGACCAUGAGGACCACUGGGAAAGCUCUGUUUUGCCACCUCUACAUGUUACUGCUUUUUGUAGGUUUUUGCCAAGGAAAGGACCUCUUCUUCAAUGACAAAGGACUCCUACUCCCAGAAUCCUACAAGAUUGGCUGGAUGGAGGCCAUUGAUGACGACAAAUUAAUCUCUGACAUCACCAUACCUGGUACCCAUGACACCAUGGCUCUCUAUGGAGGCCCAGCGGCAGAGUGUCAGGCCUGGGAGUUGGGGGAUCAGCUGAGGGCCGGCAUACGCUAUCUGGACCUCAGGAUAUUCGCCUUUGAAAACAAACUCUAUGUCAUGCACUGGGUUGUCUACCAACACAAGUCGUUCUAUGAGGUCCUUGACACGAUCAGAGCAUUUUUGUCCGAAUUCAGAAGUGAGGCGGUUCUCAUUAGAGUAAAGCCUGAUUUGUUUGAUAAAGAGAAUGUUGAGGAGCUGAUUGGAGAAAUGAUUAUUGAUGAUACAGAUGUAUGGGUGAAGUCUGACAUGCCAACUAUGGCUGAGGCAAGAGGAAAGAUGAUAUUUGUACAGAAAUCCAGCUUUAAGCUGGGCAUUCCUCUCUUGGAAACAGACAGCAAGGGUGACUAUGAAGUUACGCAUAUUGCAGACAAGGAGAACAAAAUUGUGAAACACUUGACACAAGCUUCAGGUGAUUGUGGUGGGGAUUAUAUUGUUCUGAGCUACUCCAGUGGCACUGGCAUUGGCACACUGUUGGGCAUGUUUCUAACUCCCAAGAAGGUGGCUGAAAAGAUUGACCCAUGGCUCGAUCAGUAUCUGAGACAGUUCUCCAGUGACCACAGCAGUGCAUGUUUCGGGGUGAUUGCCAUGGACUUUCCUGGUAUCGACCUCAUUCAAACAGUCAUUAAGAUCAAUGAUUGGUGAAGUGUUCACCCAUGGAAGUCAUAAUUAUAUUGCUGUCUGAAAUGUUAGUUAACACCAUUAGAUUAAGUCCAGCAACAACACAUGACACAUACUAUACUUGAUUGUGCUCAUAUUGAAAAGGAGCGAGAAAGAAGACUAUGACAAAGUAAAGAAUUUAGUGAUUGUAACGUAGUAUUGGCAUGCGCUCUUAAACAACAAUAAUGAAGACUUGGCACUACACGUCUUUGUACUUUGCCCCUGCUUGCUCUAUUAAAAACAAAGAAAAUCA